AUGGCUUUCUCUUUAGACAGAAUAAUCUUCAUUGCCCUAAUAACAUUGGCAAUUUCAGUCACCUCUUCACUCGGUCGACGAGAUAAAUCCGAUAUCGAAAAAGACCUAAGAGAUCUCUGCUCCCAGACAAACAGGACAAAAGAGUGCUUGUCCAUCAUCAAAUCAGAGCUCAACACAUUCCAAGACACUGACGGUAGUAAAGGUGUGGCGGGAGUCGUAAUCGACCUGGCAAUAGCAAAAGCCCGUGAAAUCCACGACUACCUUAACAGGCUUUACGGCGGCUCGAAAGACGAGGACCUGAAAUUUAAGUAUAUAACGUGCUCGAAGAAUUACAACGAUGCGAACAGAAACCUCGGAUUGGUAAAGAAAAUGUUGGAUUCGAAUCGUAAUUAUCGGUUUAUCGCGGUCGAGAUUAAUGAUACUGUUCAAGAAUUGAAAGGCUGCAUUCUUGAAUUCAGUAAGGAUCCGUUCGACCCGGCCCAUAUUAGGGACAGAAAUAAGGAGUUCGGGCUUUAUUUGGAAAUUGCAACGGUUUCCACAAACCGUUUGCUCCAGGAAAAGAACCGGAAUUAA